AUGGCUCUGCCGGUUUUCUGCAACUCGUGCUUCAGCCAGCCCCGCAAGCCCAGCCCGAGGUUCAGCCUCACGAGCUGCGGCCACGUCCUCUGCGAGCUGUGCCUCCAGAAAGGCAAAAAAGAUGAAUGUUUGAUCUGCAGAACUCCUUGUCGUAUGUUAGUCCUUUCUAAACAGACAAGUCCUGAUAUUCAAUCACUGUUCAUGGGAAUAGAUACGUUAUGCAAGAAGUAUUCAAAAGAAAUAACACAGAUUUCAGAAUUUCAAGAAAAACAUCGUAAGCAUUUAUUAGCAUACAACAGACAAAAGACAGCAAAGCUGGAAGAAUCUCUCAAGAAAGUAACACAACAAAUACAUCAGAUGCAAUGUGUGAAACCUUCGGAGCAAACUACACAACUCCCAUUUCCCAGUACAAGCAGAAAUUCACUUUCCAUUCCUUCAAGAUCACAGAAUGGUUAUUCUUCAUAUUCUCUUCGUUCUAGUCAUCCUUCCAGCUCUGAAAUGUUGGAGUCAAUGGAGAUUGAUUCUGUACCUUCACCAAUGAGGAAACCCGAGACACCGACCGGUCCAACAAGAUUAUCUGUGAUAAGUCCUCCACAGGAUGGACGUAUGGGUAGUGUAUCCUACAGAAGUUCUCAGUCAUCGGUAAUAAUGUCAAAUCAAAACAGUAGAGCAGGAUCUACAAGAGCCACACCUGUAGGACUACCACAUAGUGGAUGUUCAUCAUCAUCUGGAUCACAAAGUAGUAGAAGGGGAUCAUGGGCUGAUUUCAGAACCCCUGAGCUGUAUCCAUUUACAUCACCUUCCCCACAGCCAUCUAUAACAAGACAUCCGAUCACCCUCUCUGGACUUCUGCAAAGGCAACAUUUAG